GUGGAAACGAAACUCUAAUGUACAUAAAUAGGAGGAGAGAGAGAAACAGAAAUUAAACACUAAAGAGAAGAAUCCAGAACGGAUACCUACAACAAGCUGUUCCGUCCAUCCUCUAAUUUAACAGCUGACACAGUCACAAUGACUACACCCGUGAACAUCUCUCGCCACCUUCAGUGCCCCAUCUGCAAAAACCUGCUAGCAGAUCCGGUCUCAACCAUCUGUGGACACACCUUCUGCAAGGGCUGUCUGGACAAGCACAUCAACUGGUCCGAGCCGCAGUGCCCUCUCUGCCAGGAGCUGGUGACCACCAAACCCUCCGUGAACGAAGCGAUCGAAGCCCUCCUGCGAGAGUUUCACCAGACUCAGCUACCCAACCUAGACCUCUUCUGUGGAGAAAGAGAUGCGAUUCCAUGUGACGUCUGUGAUGAACACCUCACGUUUAAAGCCGUGAAGUCCUGUCUGAUCUGUUCACUCUCCUUCUGUGAUGAGCACCUGAAGCCUCACCAGUCUAUGCCGAGAUUCAAGGGCCACAAGCUGGUGAAGCCUGUAGAGAAGCUGGAUCAGAGAGCAUGCAAUACACACGGCAGACCUCUGGAGCUCUACAGCAGAUGUGAGGAGCGCUGCAUCUGCACCUUGUGUGUGAAGACGGAUGGAGACGUGAUACCCGUGGAGGCCGAGCGAGGCAGGAGACAGGCCGUGCAGCAAAACACCAUUGAGAUGAUGGAAAAGAUGAUCAAUCAGAGGGAAGACAAACUUAAGGAGCUUAAGGAAUCAGCUGCAAAAUACCAGACUCUACUAGAGAAAGAGCAGCAGGAGAUACAGAAGGUGUUUGCUGCACUGAUGGAGACGCUGAUGGAAACAGAGAGGGUACUGCUCAAUCCUCUGGAGGAAGGAAGAAGGUGUUUGGAGAAAGAGAUGGAUGAGAAGACACAACAAAUACAAAUAUACAUCCUCAAGUACAAGGAGAUCAUCAACUCUUUGCAUCACACUAAGAGUGAGGAAGAUGACAUCCUCUUUAUCCAGUCUUACCCGGCUGUGCCAGCUGAGUUCACAGAUGACUGGACCGUUUCCAUUGACACAGAGUUAAACUUUGGCACAAUGAGAAACGCAAAGACAGCCUUCAUGGCAGCAAUUGAGACACAUCUGGAGAAACUCUGCACUGUCGAAAUUAGAAGGAUCCACAGCUUCUCAGUGAACGUGACUCUGGACGCAGAAACGGCACAUCCAAACUUACAGGUGUCCACAGACAGUAAAGAGGUGCGAGACACCGGAGAGAGUAAAGUCAUCCCAGGCAGCCCGCAACAGUUCGACCUGGUCGGAGGGAUCCUGGGAAAACCAUGCAUCAUGUCGGGAAGAGCUUUCUGGGUCGUGGAGGUGGGGAAUAAGGUGGGCUGGGAGCUGGGGGUGAUGAGGGAUGGAGCGAACCGGAAGGGAAAAGUGUCCUACAAAACCAGUGAGGGUUACUGGGCAAUCGUGCUCUGCGGUCAAAGCAUGUAUGGAGCUUUGGAAGACCCUCCCGUCCAGCUUCAGCUCUCCUCCAAACCCCGGAAGCUAGGAGUUUUUGUGGACUGUGAGGAGGCUCUGGUCUCCUUUUAUGAUAUGGAGGCUCUGUUACAUAUUUAUACGUUCAAUAAGUGCAGCUUUAAUGGAGCCAUCUGCCCAUACUUCAAUCCUCAUCCCAACAAAGACGGAACCAACUCAAACCCAUUGGUUAUUUGUCCUGUCAAUCAAACUGACAUCUCUGUGUGAAAGUGAGGCCUAGUUUUGAGAUUUUGAAACUAUGAGGUAUCUGAAUAAUAAUAUUUGUUGACAUGAUCAUCUUUCAUUUGUAAUUUUAUUUUAUUUUUUUUGUAUGAUAUCCUUACAUUGUAUUGUACAUUGUACUGAUUUAGAAAUGUUACAUUGUACUGGAGAUAUUUAUUGAGCAUUUAAUACACACA